AUGAGAUGGUUUAUGAUGUCCUUUUGCUGCCUGCGUCGCUUGGUGUUUGUGCUUGUGUCGAUGUUUCUUGUGAGGGCGGCACCCGUGGAUCAAGUGGAUGCACCCCAUCUUGGGGAUGGCACUUUGGCUAGUGGUACUACCGGUAGUAGUACUUCCAACGAGAAAGAUGGGGGUAUCGUUGUCUUGGAGGGCGCGCUCCGAUCUCGAGCUGAUCGCAUGAAAGAGCUUCAGUCCAAGACAUUUGAGUUCUCGGCCGACAAGAUCGCCAACAGUCUGCCAGAAGAACGAGUGGAUGCUGUUCAAUCGCUUCAGAAAGAUGUCAUCCAAGAGGCUUCACAGGUGUUGAGUGAGGUCAAGAGUGUCCUUGCCGACAACCCAUUUGCGGAUCCUGCCUACCGAGACCAUCUGGAAAGGAUCCUUCAGUCCGGUCAAAACCAGGCACAAGCCUUGGACGAACGCGUCUUGGAGCUUACCAGGUUGCUCAAGUCUGCUCAGGGCAACAGCAACAGCGACAGCAACAACGUGAAAGACAACCGACGAUUGAACCAGAACGCAAACAACCCUCGCAGCAGUGGCAACCAAGAAGGUCAGGGGGAAAAUAACGCAAGUCGCCACGCCGACAGAAUUUGGGACAAACACCGUCGCAUGGUGCACUCAUCCAAGAGAAACACCAAUCUACAUCGGUCCCUAUUGGAGAUUCAUCAAGGGAUCCUUAAUGGCGAUCGCAGACCCCUCGAGUCCUUUACAGACGCUACCCAUCAGCGACACGCAAGAGGACAACCAUCACACGACGCAGGUCGUCGUCAACUCCAGGACAAAGUACCUCUGCUCUGCCAAACGUUGGCAACUUGUGCAUCCAGGAUGAGCCUCUACGAUCUCUUUGUAUUUUAUCAUGCCGAUGACAUCAAUCCCACCACAGGAGAAAUGGACGAGAAAAUUGUUCGCUUCGACGAAGUCAACAUACUCCAAAAGAAAGAAAACAUCACCAGCAUGUCAUCUCUCAUCCUCAACAAUGGAGAUCAAACUCAAUGCGACGAGCUAUUACGACAUUUCCAUCGCACCAAUGAAAAAUCAGAUGUCCCUCAGUGGCACGGAGCCACCGUGGCAGAGGUUUGCAUUGCCGAAGGAACUACAAUCUUCGUCAAAUUGGAAGAAGCGGCGUCCCUCAGUUUUGUGACUCCGGAACUUGUGAUGCAGAGUGUUGCCAUUGCUGGCGGGAACUUUGGAAACAGGCCAACUCAAGGUGAUGGUUGUCGUCUUAGCAUUUGCCAAACAUUUAUCCAGUAUGAGGGGGCACAGUUCGAUCGCGAAUCGCCCAUUUCUACUCAAGUGACGGAUUUCAAUUCCUUCUUUGCCGAGGUGAGGCAGAAUUUUGAGACUCUUGUGAAACCAUUCACGGAAGAACCAUUAAAGUGUGCGGAAGAAAUGGCGCCGGAUAGCUCGUUGGAGCCCUUUGUCUUUGGUGUGGAUGGCCUCAAACCGAAUGGAGAUCCGUCCAAAUACCGGUUUCCAACGGGAUUUCUUGUGGACGGAGGAGGCAGUGGCCGGGAUGCGCAUGGACAGUUACGAUCCGAUGCGUCUGCCUUCACUUUCACAAGCUAUACCGACCUUAUUGCCGCCUUUGACGCGUGUGAAGAGCUACACCGUAAUGGGAUUGACCAAACAAAAACGGAUGGAGCUCUCCAAAUCGAGAUUGAGCAGUACAUUGGGAAUCUGACAGAGACAUGUAUUCCACAAUUUUUUGAACCCAUGACAAGAGGAUUUGAACUUACGUUUGGUGAAAGACCGAGCCCGGGCUUCAUUUGUGGUAUCAAGGAUGCUAUAGUCAAGGAUGGGAAGAGUAUUCCAGGGAAAUGCUGUCUCGAUGCCCCGUGGCAAGGGAAAUUGGAUCAGUGGGGACAAGCCUACGAUUGCUCGUUUGAGUGUCAGAAUCCAGGGCCGUUUUUUGCGGGGAUGAGCGAAGAAGCUUGUGCUUCGCAUGGAGGAACUUUCUGCGCAAACCCAACGGAUUGUUCGGGGCUGGAGCUUUGUAUUGGGGAAAACAAGCUAUGGGCUCAAGAAAACAAUGAAAUUGCCUUUCUUCUAUACCUCGAAUCUGCGCCCAAUAUCACCGAUGCAACCGAUGCCAGCCAAUGUAGUGGGACCAGAGAGUACUUCGGUUUCGCUGGUUCCUUUAUCAAUGACAGGAGAAUCUGCGAGGACAUCGAGCAACUCCGUAACAACCAGGAUUUCUCCUUUAUCGACGAGUUCUUUGGCACCCUUGGGCUUGACCCCGAAGAAAUCCCUGACAUAAACGAGCUCGUUUUCGACGAGGUUCCACCCUUGGAUUUGAAGCCGCCUGAUCGCUCGGCCUCGAAAGCAGCUCCCGUACAAAACGAGUGGGCUUGGAGAGCAUCCGAUUUCGCCCUCCGACAAGUCAUCAAACACACUGAAUUGGCAUAUGACAUGAUAAUCGACACUCCUUGCCCUGAUUUGCCCUUUGUUGGCACAUUUCCAUGCACGCUGAUCCUCUUUGUCGCCAUUGUGGCUCUCUUGAUCGUCCAAUUCGCGGCGGAAGUGCUUCUGGAAAUCUCGGAGCAAACCUUCAUGCAAGAGGUGGAGCUUAGCAACUUGAAUCAGGUGAGAGGUUUCGAGGACACUGCAGCGGUGUACCGAAACAUGGAGCUGACCGGUGAGUACAUGAGAGAUCGUUUCCAGGACGUGUCCGAUCUCGUGGCGACGGGUGUGAACAACAUUGCCGACGGUGUAGACGCUCAGAAGGUCCAAAUCAUCGGCGUAGAGGAACGCCUGGGUAGCCGCAUCGACGACAAGAUCCAAAUCGUAGAGCAGAGCUUGAAGGAUCACAUUGAUACUCGUCUCUUGGCUAAUGAUGAGAGCAACCAAUUGGAGCUCAUCCACACAAAGCUUGACAUCAUCAUGGCGGAUCUAGCUGCUUUGAAGGAGGCACGAUGCCUGGGUGCAACAACGAGCGAGAACAACAACAAUGGUGCUGACUCCACUCGAGGUCCAAAACUUCAGACUACGGGAGGAGGAACGAGUGAGACCGUUGGUGAAGGAACUCCAGCUCAAACGCCUCAAACCUCAAGUGGAACGACAAGCACGGCAGGCAGCAGCACCCUUGGGGCGAAGGAGGAAACAUCGCCUGGCCCAGCCGCGAGUGCUGGUGGCUCGGGGAACACCUCGAACGCAGUUUCCAGUGGCCGCGUCUUAUCUUUGAAGAGUGUCGGAUUCACCCUCCUGGCAAUCUCUCUGGGCACACAGCUUUAUUCUCAGCAAUGA